CCCGAAAAUAUUAUAAUGGUUGUGCGUAUAUAUUUUGAUUUAAAAAGAAAACCGAAAAUAAACGAAACACUACCGCGCUUACCGUCACACACACAUUAAAAUAACAUAUAAUUCGAAAUAGAUUUUCCCAAUAUAAAAAUGAACAAAUGGGAACGAUUUUUACAAGUUUAAUUUGCGUUAUAACAAAGUUAAAUGCGUUAUAUUUUGCAAUUAGUAUAUUUCACUUUUAGGGAACCGCGUCAAAGAAUGGACCGGAAUGGAAUGAUCGCAGUAAGCUCACCUCAACUGCGAGCGAGUGUUCUCCAUUUCCUUAUUUGCUUAGCUUCUCGCCCAAUUUUUAACGCCACUAAUAUAUCUGCUGAAUAUGACCAAUGAUUUGCAUUAAUAUUAUCGGUUUUUAUUUUUCGCGGCCUAUCGGUAUUAGCAGCGAGCGCGUGAGCAAACAAUCGAUUUUGGCAGAUUCAUCGAUAAACUGAGGAACACGUAAACUGAAGAACACUUCGCCGGUCAGGCAAAAAAACAAAUUGAAAGAUAAUGCUGUUCAAGGACUGUUUGCCCGCCACGCUGGCAUUCCUGGUGGCAGCAUCGGCGUCCUUCUCACCCGAAAAGCCAGUUCCUCCGCCCUGUAGGGCCUGCAGUCAGCUGGUUAACUCCUUUAAGGAAGGACUCGAGCGCACAAAACGAGGACAUGGAGGCGGGGACACAGCGUGGGAGGAGGAAAAGCUGCGUUCGUACAAGAAUAGCGAGGUGCGGCUUGUGGAGAUCCAGGAGAAACUAUGCUCGGACACUGGCGUGGUCAACAAGGACCACUGUCACAACCUGGCCAAUGAGCACGAAGCUCUUCUCGAGGAUUGGUUCACCCACAAGCAGACAGAAAGCCCCGACCUGCAAUCCUGGCUCUGUGUCGACCAGCUGGCCGUUUGUUGUCCUGCGAACACCUUUGGGCCGCACUGCCAGCCCUGCAGCGACUGCAGCGGAAACGGCAAAUGCAAGGGUGCUGGAACACGCAAGGGCAACGGCAAGUGCAAAUGUGAUCCUGGUUAUGCGGGAGCAAACUGCAAUGAAUGUGGCCUGACCCACUACGAGUCCUUCCGGGAUGAAAAGAAGCUGCUGUGCACGCAGUGCCACGCGGCCUGUGGAGAGGGUGGCUGCACGGGAGGUGGUUCUAAGAGCUGCCGCAAGUGCAAGGAUGGCUGGAUCAUGGACUCGGAAGCAGGAUGCGUGGACGUUAACGAGUGUCUGGAGCAGAAGCACCCUAAGUCCUGCCAACCGCAGCAGUUCUGUGUGAACAACGAGGGAUCCUUUAGCUGCCUUGAGUGCGACCGCUCAUGCGAUGGCUGCGACGGCGAUGGCCCGGACAUGUGCAAGAAGUGUGCAGUUGGCUUUGCGCUGAAGAACGGCAAGUGCAACGACCUAUCUGCGGAUCAACGCAGCAACUACGUGAGCUUCACGCGAAUGCUCACCUACUUUGGCAUGUGCGUAGCCACCUGCGUCAUAUUCCAGAGCUCCACCCACAUUGCCUGGGGCUGCAUUGUUGGUGCGGCGGUAGCUGUGUACAUUGCUGUUUCCGAGUACUGGAUAAACUCGGAGGCAGAAGGCGGUCACCAGCCAGAAAUAGACACGAAACAGUUGGAAGAACUGAUUAUGAAGUCGUUAUAAGCCAAUCUUAGCCGGGUCGUUAGGUUUAUUCUAUGAAUAAGAUGCUCGAGGGCUUUGAUCAGCAGUAUUCUUUAUUAAAAACCAGUUGCUAAGGCA